UUAUAACAAUACUACAGAAAAUGAAUAUUUUAAACAUGUUUUUCAAAGUCAAAAUGUCCAGGUGUUUUCCAAAAGUGCCUUUUGGAUACUUCAAAGGACCCUUGGUAACCAUGGCCACAUACUUAGGAUAAAAAGGCUACUACUUUGGAAUGCUUUAACAUACAGUCAUAAUUUUGGGCUCUAAUGAAAGGUGACAAUUAGCGCUAUCAUAUCUCAUAUGCAAAUCCACUAUUAGUAUUGCUGACACAGAGUAACUGAAGCAUUAACACAUUAGAGUUCCUUUUUGCCUUCUUGAAACUAAACUUUGUGCAUAUAAAAGAGUCAAAACAAGUGCUAUGGUGGAAAAGCAGUUUACAUAAGAAAUACACACCAAACUAUUUACAUACUUUUUUACACAGCAUAUUUACAUACAAUUAUACCUUUUACAUGUUUUUGGCAACAUGCCAGUUAUUGUAACAGUCACAUUUGGGGACAAAGCACAAAGGCACAUCACAGGAGGAGCACUUCACCGGGUGUCUUUGCAUGGCACUGCCUGCACUUCAGUCAACCAGCAGUGCUGAGUCCACUGAUAUGCACUGACCUGUGAUGUGCUCUGCGUGGAGCAGGAGAUCCGGGUCUGGCUGUGGAGUGAGACCUCAACUCUGCCAGCUCCUCAGCAAGGGUCUCUCUGAAUGCCUUCUGGUGCAUAGGUACCUCUCCUUUAACUUUUGCAAUGUCUUUAUGGAGGAGGAAGGCGUUCACAAUUGCCAUGUCCAUGAAAUGAUAAAAUAAUGUCUUGUACCACUUCUGGGUCUUGUGGAUGACUUUAUAGUACCCUAUAUUCAAUGCCCAGUGCUGCACCUUUGACCCUUUUUACAGCUCGCUGCCUCACAUUUCAGCAGUUCACACAAUGAAACAAAGAGUCACACACACCUCCCCCACAUGUCAGCAGUAAUGCUGCGUUUCAUUUACCUAGGAAGUCGGAUGUCGGAGCUGGGAAUGAUGUCACACCCGAGUUGACAGCGUUCCAGUACACAAGUCAGAAAACCAAGAUGGACACGUCCAGGCAAACCUUUGUUGUGCUUGCUCUUUCGGAAUACAAACAACUACAGAACAAAUAUGAAGUCCACCUAAAAAAACAUCAUGGAAGGAGAAAGGAGACGCAGAUGGAUACUGAUAUCCUCUGUGCUGUGGUCAACACAGCAACUCAUCCUUAAGACUGGAACAGAGUGGGAGGUCAUGCUGAAUAUGGGUGACUACACUUUUGCAGGUCAUUUCAGGGUCACCAAGCCACAGUUUGAAUAUCUCCAGAUGAAACUGCAGGAAAACGGUAUAGAAAAAGAACAUAGUCAAGGUCUACCACCAGUCCCUGUGACAAAGAAGGUGCUGAUGUUUCUGUGGUACAUGGCCAACCAAAACAGCUUUAGGGAGAUAUCAGACAAGUUUGAUGUGUCACAGUCAUCAACACACUGGAUCAUUCUAGUAGUUCUUAACAUCAUUUGUACAAUGGGAACAACUUUCAUCUCCUGGCCAAAUACCUGUGAGAAAGCAGCAUCUGCUGCUGCUUUCCACCGUCUCUGUGGCCUCAGUGGUGUCAUUGGUGCAAUUGAUGGGUGCCACACCAGGGUGCAGAGGCCACACAUAAGAGGAGGAGACUACAUGAAUAGAAAAGCAUUCUACUCUAUCCUCCUUCAGGGUAUUGUAGACGAGAGGGAGCGAUUCAUUGACAUUUUUGCUGGACCACCAGGCAGGGUUCAUGAUGCCAGAAUGCUGAGGGCCUCUGACUUUUACACAACAUGGCAGGAGAACAUGGAUGAGUACAGCUUGCUGGGAGACAGUGCAUACAUUGGCCAGGCCUUCCCAUUUGUCAUCACUCCAAAGCGUGACAACGGGGCUCUUCCUGAAGCAGACCAGCUGCAGAAUUCCAAUAUCAGCCAUGGGAGGGUGGUUGUUGAGCAAGCCUUCGGAAAGAUGAAGUGCAAGUGGAGACGUCUUCGAGAUCUGCAGAACACUCGAAUUGAUGUUGUGGUGAUGAUAACAAUGGCAGCCUGUUUUUUACACAAUAUGUGCAUUGGUGCUUCAGAGAUAUGUCAAGAACACCCACAUGGCUGCCCAAAACAGGGAGAUGAAAAUGAGUAGGUUAUCCUCAAAUCCUUAGUUUUAACAAAAUGCCAUGCUAUUAAAUGCUGUACCCUGUUCAGUGAUGAAAGGAUUGAUUCACAAUUGUUUUUAAUCAAAAUUAUAUAUAGUGGAUUUAUUCAGGUUAUGUUGUAAAUACUAAAUGUAGAU